AACCUCAAUAUAUAUUCGGAACUGCAUUUUGGAAACAUCGUUCUGAAACAGGAGAGUAGAGGCUCAAAAUAUUUCGUUACAUUCUGUGAUUAAGAAAAGUUUUUGUGGGUAAAUAAAAGCUAGGCAUAUAUAUAUGUGCCAGUCCUCAUAAAUAGGUUCUUAAAGACAAUCUCAUCUGCGUCUUCGUUGCUUCUCAUGGAUUUCCACACACACGAAUCUUCAUUGUAGGAACUGUACAACUUUACUUGGAAGUAACUAAAAGGCAACUCGGAGAAGUGAGGACAUACACAAUCUUCUCGGCUUAAAUGAAAUCAAUGUUGCGAGAUUGGUUUAUCAUGUUCUUAGUUUAUUGAAGUGAGUAAAGAACACCUGCAACCAUUUGUAGAAUAUUGUCAAGAGUUUCUGGAUAACUGUAAUACCUGUGAGCGAUGGCGCGAUCGAGGAAAGCCUCAGACGAGGCAAACCAAGGCACUUCUCUCAAGGAUCUCACCAACAACAAUGCAGCAGUUCGUCUUACCCGCCAGGUCACUCUGUUAGAUAGCAUAUCCCUGAUCGUUGGAAUGAUCAUAGGGUCCGGUAUCUUCAUCUCUCCCAUAAGCGUCCUCGAAAACUCUGGAGGGAUCGGUUGGUCUCUCCUUGUCUGGGCCCUCUGUGGCAUCAUCUCCAUGCUAGGAGCGCUGAGUUACGCUGAGCUCGGUACGACCUUCCCCGUAUCUGGAGGGGACUUCUCCUACCUCCUGGAAGCGUAUGGCCCGAUCCCGGCCUUCCUAAGGCUCUGGACCAGCGUGGUGUCCAUCAGAACCGCAUCUGCCGCUGUCUUGUCCUUGACGUGUGCAACGUACAUUCUUCUUCCGUUUUACCCAAACUGUGAAGUUUCACCCGUUGUGCUGCGACUUGUAUCGGCCUGUAUUCUUUGUUGCAUCUUCUUCGUGAACAGCGUUAGUGUCCCCCUUAGUCGAAAUAUACAAGUUUUAUUCACCGCGGCAAAGCUUCUUGGUUUAGCUGUCAUUGUUGUCUCAGGCAUGAUCCAGUUAGCUAAUGGUGAGACAUCCAAUUUUGCAAACGCCUUCGACACUUCUGAAUUUGAUUUUAAAAAAUUUCCCCUCGCCAUUUAUUCCGGACUCUUCGCCUACUCUGGAUGGUAA